AUGCCGAAUGCUGAGGGUAAAUCACCUGCAGAACUUUUACAUGGAAGGCCUGUUCGUACCUUGUUGAGUCAACUGUUUGAAUCGCCUAGAAAGCACCUUGAAGCUUCGAAACGGAAAAUGAAAUUCAGUCUAAAGCAACCCGUCUUCGCUCGAAACUACGCAAGAGGGGAAAAAUGGAUAAAAGGAGUUAUUGUGAAACAACUUGGUAAAAUGGUUUACCGAGUGAACACAUCUUUUGGUUACAUCAAACGUCAUGUUAAUCAGCUUAAAACUAGAAGUAGCUCUGACCUCUCUUCACAACCAAUUUUUGAAUUCGCUCCAAAUUUCAUCAAUGCCACACCGCCUUCAUCUAGCCAAUCAACAUUAAUGCCUAGUGAAGAACGUUCUACCGAAGUAGUUCAACUUCGAAAAAGUCGUAUUCGGAAGGAUGUAAUUCGAUUUGAAUCCGACGAUUUCAGGAAAACUUAA